GCAUUUGUUUUUUCAACAUUUUUGAUUGGCUAAAUUUCUGAAAAACGCUUCCAUAGUCAAACUGAAAGUUGACUUGAUUACACUGUCACUCUCUUUGUUUUUUGUUUUCCUCUUUUAUUCCCUUCCAACAACAAAAGCUGCGCACUGUUCUUGCUUUUUUAAUCUCUUAUUUUCACUCCCAACCCAAAUCUACCGCUCACUAAUUCACUAAACCCAACUCAGAUUUCAACAUUUUUAUCGAGAAAUGGUCAGUUUCAGUAUGUUUUAGAUGUUUGUUUCUGUAUUAUGUUUCUUGGUUUAUUACAGCUUUAAUGGAGCUGAAAAAGGAAAAACUUAUCAGGUUUUACUCUGCUGGAAAAAAGAUUAGAGAAGCAUCGUGGCGGAAAAAUGAUGCCGUGCACCCUGAGAAGUCGUCGUCUUCUUCUUCUUCUACUAUGGACAAAAUGCUGAACAAUGAUAAUGGGAUAAUUGGUGGUAAUAGAAGUAGAGUAAUGGAUACAACUAAAGUUGGGAUGUCCAAGGUUUUACAAACGACGACAGACAAUCCGUCAUGGCAUAAGAGGAUACUUGAUCCGGGAAGCGACAUUGUGCUACGGUGGAAUAGGGUUUUUCUAUUCUCGUGCUUGCUGGCGCUUUUUGUUGAUCCCUUGUAUUUUUACUUGCCUAUCAUUGGAGGAAAUGAAGAAUCUUUGUGUGUGAAUAGUGACUUCAAAUUGCGAAUUGUUGUAACAUUCUUUCGAACUAUUGCGGAUAUGUUUUAUUUGUUACACAUGGUUAUAAAGUUUAGAACUGCUUAUGUUGCUCCAAAUACUCGUGUCUUUGGAAGGGGUGAGCUUGUGAUGGAUCCAAAAAGGAUAGCGCGGAGGUAUUUAAGAUCUGACUUCUUUGUUGAUUUUAUUGCCACUCUGCCUCUUCCUCAGAUUCUCAUCUGGUUUAUUGUACCGACGGCAAGAGGUCGUCAAACCGAUCACAAGAAUAAUACUCUUGCAUUAAUUGUUCUUCUACAAUAUGUUCCCAGAUUGUAUCUGAUUUUUCCUUUGAGUUCUGAAAUUAUCAAAGCAACUGGUGUAGUCACUAGAACAGCAUGGGCAGGGGCCGUGUAUAAUUUGCUACUCUACAUGUUGGCAAGCCAUGUUUUAGGAGCAGCAUGGUAUUUGCUAUCCAUCGACAGAUAUACAUCUUGCUGGAAAAAGCACUGCAGAAGGGAACCUAUCACAUGUGUCCUUCGAUAUCUAGAUUGCGAUACUUUUAACCAUGGGGAUCGCAGAAUAUGGGCAAACACUACAAAUGUUUUCAAUAACUGCAAUCUAAGAAAAGAUACCACAUUUAAUUAUGGUAUCUUUGAAAAUGCUGUUAAGAAAAAUGUUGGAUCAUCUAACUUUCCUGAGAAGUAUUUCUAUUGCUUGUGGUGGGGCUUACAACAACUAAGUUCGUAUGGGCAGAAUUUAGCAACUAGCACAUUUAUUGGGGAGACGUCAUUUGCCAUACUCAUUGCGAUCUUUGGUCUUGUUCUAUUUGCUCAUUUGAUUGGCAAUAUGCAGACAUACCUUCAGUCUCUCACUGUAAGACUUGAGGAAUGGAGGCUUAAGCGAAGGGAUACUGAGGAGUGGAUGGAGCAUCGCCAACUCCCUGAAGAUCUAAGGAAACAGGUUCGUCAAUUUGUUCAAUGCAAGUGGAUUGCAACUCGGGGGGUCAAUGAAGAAUCUAUCCUACAUGGUUUGCCUACUGAUCUUCGACGUGAUAUCCAGCGCCACUUAUGCUUGGACCUUGUUCGCCGUGUCCCUUUCUUCUCACAAAUGGAUGAUCAGUUGCUUGAUGCAAUAUGCGAGCGGCUAGUUUCUUCUCUGAGCACUGAGGGAACCUAUAUUGUUCGUGAGGGUGACCCGAUAACAGAAAUGCUUUUUAUUAUCAGAGGUAGACUAGAGAGUUCAACUACCAAUGGAGGCCGCACGGGAUUCUUUAACUCGAUCAGGUUGAAACCUGGAGAUUUUUGUGGAGAGGAGUUAUUAUCAUGGGCUUUGCAUCCAAAAUCCUCUCUCAACUUGCCUUGUUCAACUAGAACAGUCAGAACUUUAAGCGAAGUUGAAGCUUUUGCAUUGAGAGCUGAAGAUCUAAAGUUUGUGGCGAACCAAUUUAGACGCCUCCAUAGCAAAAAGCUCCAGCAUACAUUCAGGUAUCACUCCCAUCAUUGGAGGACAUGGGCAGCCUGUUUCAUUCAGGCAGCUUGGCGCCGGCACAAGAAAUGGAUAACGGAGCAUAAUCUCAUUGUUUCAGAAUCUUUUGUUUUGGAUGAAAAUGAGACGGUUGAAGUAGAUUCAGAGGAAGGCAACCAUUACUCUAAUGGUUCAAGUUCUUCUCAGGCAAAAAUGAACCUAGGGGUUACAUUAUUGGCCUCCCGAUUUGCUGCAAACACAAGGAGAGGAGCUCACAAGAUUAGAGAUGUUGAGAUGCUAAAACUACAAAAACCAGAGGAGCCAGACUUUUCUGCUGCUGAUGGUUAGUGCUUGAAUUAUGAGAUUAGAAAGCAGCAUCUUGUGGUCUUUUUCUGCCUAAGACCAAAUUUGUUUCAGAUGAUGGCUCUGAUAUCCCGUAUCCUGCGAAGAUUUUUGCUCGACAAUAUCCUUUGCAUACGCUUGGCGGAGGAGGGAGCGGUUUUGUUGUAACCUGCAGUACCUGUAAAUUCUUUUGUAAUGCUGUAGUUAAUUCCACUCUCAUCAUAGGCAAGAGGAUAAUACUACACACUUGAGUUUUUAGAUCAGCUUAUCAACUGUAUUAUGAAACUGAUAGCUGCUUGUUGAGUAGAUAAGUGUAUGAUCAUAUUGAUGCUAA